CCAGAGUGUAUGUGAAACAAGAGGGCAGGGAGGUGGCAUGUAGAGAAAGGAGAUGAACUGAUGAACCAGUUUGAAAAUCAGUGGGGUUCCAGACACUACGAGGCAGUAUGGGUACAAUAAGUAUUGUUUAUUAUUUGACCUUACGUUACAGCAAGUUCAGAACGUUUCCGUUUCGCAGAUAAAUUCUCUAAAAUCUACUGACAUCCAUAUGAUGCGAAGGUGUAUUACUGAUGCAUUUCAUGAAUUGCAGCUAUUGAGCAAGAGGCCAAUGAACAGCUGUGGCCUCACCAUGCUGCACUUCAUGAUGGACAGCACUGACUGUGGCUGGCAUGCAUGAUGAAUGCCAGUGAUGAUGGUGUCAGCCAGAGAAGUUUAUUAAGCAACAAGAUAACAUCAGCAAGCAGGCUGCAUGCAUGUGCUACAUUGUGGGAAAUUUCAAGGAAUACCACAAUAUUAUUUCUAAAAGAGGAUGAAACUCUUCAAGGAGAAUACAGCAAUAAAGUGCCAGUAAAGAAUCUGAACUGUUUUUUCAAAAAAUUCGCUAAAGAAUUUGAAUGCAAACAUCCAAAUGUGGUCGAUAAUGAAGAUGUGACCCAAAGAAUUUGUGAGAGAGCGUUGUGUGACUUGAACUGUGAUGAAAACUUAGUGGAGGGAAGUAAUAAUCUGGCUUCUCAAGAGAAGACUAACAGUAAAAUGAAUCCAACUGUCAAGUUAACACGAUUGAAAUUAAAAUCUGAUGAUAUUUCAAAGGAAAUUUUUGGUGAUGAUAUGUUUUGUGAUAGUGCAGUGGCAAGAGAUAGCAUUGUAACAGUUGCUGAUGAGCAGCAUAUUGACAGUAAAAUGAAUAGUACUGAAACAGUUGUAACCUUAAGUUGUAAUGAUUCAAAUAAAUGUUUGAAAGUGGAUUGUGAGACAGAUAGGACAUUUGAGGAACCACUUAGUGUAAGUUAUUUAGUCAGGCAAGAAGAAACCCUUCUGGAGACAAAUGAUAGGUCCGAUCGUUCAAAUGACUCUGGGUUGGGGUCAGAACUUACAGAAGAGAGAGUUCAGUGCAGUGAUCAUUCCACUCUAGUAGCUGGAAACAUAGACAGCCCAGAGACUUCUCUCUUGCAUGGGGAAAAAGACAGGAUUUCUGUUGCUUCAUUUUUAGGUAGGCUUCCAGAUGAGCUUGAAAUAUCUUCUAAUAAUCUGGAAAAACAGGCUGGUGACGUAAAAGCAGUUGCAAGCAGUCAAGAGCCAGAUGUGCUCACUGAAGAUUCGGCAAACUGUUCUGUUGAAAGUGAAGCUUCAUAUUCUGUACAGCAGUCUGGUGGUGAAACAUCAGUUGAGUCUUCAAAACCUGAACCACAGUCUUCAAGUUGUGCAUCAUCCAGUUAUUUUGAUUUUACUUCAUCUGCAUCAGAAACAGAGAUGGGUGGCAAAUGCUCCACAGAAAGUGCUUCAAGUCAGUCUUCUGUAGAGACAGACAUUGGUCUUAUUCUUGAUGCUGCAGAAAGUUCAAGUAAUUGUACACAGAGAAGAAGCAACCUGAAACGCCGCCAUGACUUUGAUGAGUCGGAAGGCCCAGCACCAAAGAAAAGAAAGUCAAUCAGCUUUGAUAAAGUUACCGUCUACUACUUCCCACGGGCACAGGGCUUCACAUGUGUUCCAUCACAGGGAGGAUCCACGUUGGGUAUGGCACCACAGCAUGCCCAUGUGCAACAGUUCUCACUGUUGGAGCAUGCUGUUGAGCAACGAAGACAUCAUCGUCAGAUGCUAAUACAGCUUCGCAAUGAGAGGCUAGCAUCUGGUACAGCAACAGGGGGCAUUCCUAGCUCUCGUCCUCAUGGUUCAUCCAGUGAUGAUUCCGAUACUGAUGAUGAGCCCAGUGAUAUUUCUGAGUCAGAGCUUGAUCUCGACAGUUACUAUUUCUUGCAGCCCGUACCUACACGUCAGCGCCGAGCUCUUCUCCGUGCUGCUGGAGUGAGAAAAAUUGACUCCCUGGAAAAAGAUGAAUGCAGGGACAUUCGUUCAUCCCGUGAGUUCUGUGGAUGCAGUUGCAAAGGAUACUGUGAUCCUGAUACUUGUAGCUGUUCACAAGCUGGAAUAAAAUGCCAGGUUGAUCGAUUAAAUUUUCCAUGUGGCUGUACAAGAGAUGGCUGUGCUAACUCAAGCGGACGUAUAGAGUUUAAUCCAGUGAGGGUACGCACACACUUCAUUCACACUCUGAUGAGAUUGGAGUUGGAGAAAAAACAGAAAUUGGAAGAUGAAGAAAGCGUUGGGAGCAAGCAUAGGCAUCUGUCACCAAGAGUCACUUGGAGUGAAGAUACCCAUGUACGGUGCAACUCAAGCAGAUAUGAAAGUUCUGGGAAAUCUGUGCAUGUCAGUACUGCAAACAGUGUGUCACCACGUAAGUUCAAUGGCAAUUUACUACGUGAAGCUGCAGUAGGUUCACAUAUUGAGUCAGACUCUUGUGUCCAUUCUGGAAGCUUCAACAAUGUGCAGUACAGAACACAAGCAGAACCUCGUGUAUCGAGCAGUUCAGACAUUCAGGGAACAAAUUCAAGUUAUUCAGGUAUAGUAGGGGAUUUACCUGCAAGAGAAGAUUCUUUAGAUCUGUAUGUGUUCAGAGAUGAAUGCUAUUCUGAAGAAAACAGUACAGAACUAUCAGUGGAUCAACUGGAGAGCAAUGGUGUUAAUCAUAGUAAGUUCAACUCCCACCAUUCAAACAUUCCUCUCCACCAGCAACGAAAACUGCAGAGUCCUGUCCAUCAUGAGUAUGGAGCUGAUAAUAAUUUUCAUAUCACUCAAAGUACAAAUGUGAAUCGAGGAUUUAAUGGUUCUGCUGUUUUGCAAGGCAGUGGGUUUUGCGAAACUGUUCAAACAAAUUACACUCAGUCACAGACUGCAGCAUCUGAUGUUAUUGGACUUUAUGCUAAUGACCAGGCAGCAAAGUACCAUCCGUAUUCAUCUUCGUUUCCCACUUUCACUUCACACCACCAUCUUCAGACAGGCUCCUUUGGUCACUACAGUUCACUUUACAAUUCAGAAUUUAGUCCAAAAAAUGAUGUUCAAGUGCUGGACAGUGAAAGUUACAAAGGGAGAGUGAAUUUAAAUGCAUCUAAUGCACAAUAUAGUGAGCAACAUCCAACACACCCUUCAAACAACAGUGUUUACCAUGGAUUUUCCUCUGUACCAAGUGCAAGGGAAAGCUAUUCUCAAGACCACAUCUCUUCAAGAGAUGUGAAUGGUAAAAACAUGGUAUCAACAGACAUUGUACAGAACAAUCAUUAUACCAAUCUACAUACAGUGUGUUCACUUAGCAAUAAGUUGGAACCUUUCUCAGAGUUGCUGCAAGGACGAUAUUCUUAUAUUAAUGGUGGGAAUACUCCAUCAAAUGGUGUUCCCUUUGAAGAGUCUAGUAACUCUGUGCAGGGUCCAUCUGCAACUUUUAAUAGUAAUGUGACAGCAGAACAGUUGCCGCAAAACAGCAUGACUUCUAGCACGGAGUCAUCGUGCAAUGUGAGCAAAGCUCAACUUGUUACUAAUAACACAGGUUCCAGUGGUGGGACAGAGGACUGUGAUGAAAAUUUUGGUGAAAUUAUUAAGAAAUCUAUGGUGGAAACUGUGUCUGCCUAAUUUAUGUUUGUUCUGGUGUAUUUAUAAAAAAGUAUAUAUUGUAGUUAUGAUUCAUUUCAGAAAAAUGUAAAAAUGUUUUAAAUAUAUUGUAUACUUUGAAAGAAGUUACUGUGCAGUGUAUGAUAACAACCCAUGUUGUAUUUAUUUUUCAUCAAAAAUAUGAACCCAUAAAAGAAAAUGAAAAUUUGUUUUAAACAAACCAAAAGAAACAUACCUUUUGAUUGCACUUCCUAAUAUUUACAUUUGGUUGCUUUGAAACAAAUUUCUGUAGAUUGCCUAGAAUUAGGGGGCAGGACAGGAUAUAUAACAACAAAUUCUCUUACAUAAUACACAAUAAAAUUGUAACAUUGUUUUAA